AUGUCGUGGCAGAGACUGAUCCGGUUCGAAGAUGAGGCAGGACAGGCGACGUUCGGAGAGCCCCUCGUCGACAGUGCCGACGAUGUCCAGCCACUGGCCGACCAAGGCAAGCUUACAGCCAAGGUCUUUACCGGACAUGGGCCUUUCGACCUGCAGCCCACCGAGCGGCAGGUCAAGGUCAAGAAGCUGCUGCCACUCCUAUAUCCCAGCGACGUGCCUAUCGUUAAAUGCAUUGGGCUGAACUAUACAGCGCACAUCAAGGAAGCGGGUCGUACACCACCACCGUACCCGUCAUUCUUCGUGAAGCCACGGGCGUCGAUCGCCAGCCACGAUGAGGACGUGCCGAUCCCCAAGAUCUGCCAGAACGACCAACUCGACUGGGAAGGCGAGCUGAGCAUCGUGAUCGGCAAGGACGGCAAGAACAUCCCGAAGGACGAAGCCCUCAGCUACGUGGCGGGCUACGUGGUGUCCAACGACGUGUCGGCACGCAAGUGGCAGCGCGACCCGGCGUACGCGGGUGGCGUGCCGCAGUGGUGCUUCAGCAAGGGCUUCGACAAAUGGGCACCCGUGGGGCCGGUACUGGUGUCGCCGGGCGUCGUAGGCAAGGCGGACAACCUACACAUCCAGACCUUUGUGGAUGGCCAGACCAUGCAGGACUCGUCCACGUCCGACCUGCGCUUCGACGUCGAGGAGAUCGUCGCCUUCGUCAGCCAGGGCACCACCCUGGAGCGGGGCACCGUCAUCAUGACGGGCACGCCGUCGGGCGUGGGAAUGGGGAGGAAGCCUCCCGUGUACCUCCGCGACGGGCAAGUGGUGGAAGUGAAGAUCGAGAAGUUGGGCAGCGUGAAGAACCGAAUGAAGUUUGAAUAA